AUGAAAAUCCAUUAUAUUAAUAUAUUAUUGUUUGAGCUUCCAUUAAAUAUAUUGAUAUAUAAUCAAAGGAACCAUAACAGCACCACACAUCAUACAUUAAAAAUACCAAUCACUAGAUUAUUAUGCGAGUGCGAAUUAUACGCACCAUCUAACUAUGACAACGAUCCUGAAAUGAAAGAAGUGAUGGAAAUUUUCGAUCGUCAAACCUCAGAAAGGUUUCAUGAAUAUGAUGAAAGGAUGAAAACUACACGCCAAAAAUGUAGAGAACAAUGUGAUAAAGAAAUCGAAAAAAUUAUUUUAAAAGAUAAAUUGGAAAAAGAAUUAAUGGACAAAUUUGCCACACUACACACAGAUAUGCAAAGUGAUGCUAUUCCCACAUGUGUUUGCGAAAAAUCAGUGGCAGAUAAAACAGAAAAGGUAUGUCUUAACUGUGGAAAAACUAUGGGAGCAGUUGCACCUGCUUGGGGUUUGAUCAGCGGUUUAUGGUAUGCAACAUGGUCACAAUAUGUUUCUGCAAAGAUACUUGAAGUGGGUAUCUCUGAGGGUAUAAAAGAGGGUUUAACUCAAAUAAUGAAAUUCACAAUAUCUCUGUAUCCUAAAGCUAAUUUACCUAAUAUUACUGUUACACAAAUGCUUUCCUCAGGUAAAUUUACCAAUAAUGUAACACUAUUUGAUAUGGUUCAACACAUAAAUAAUACUAUGUACACGACAUUAGAGGCUGAAGAAUAUAGUAAAUUUUGCGGGGUUGUAUCUAGUAUGGCUAAAUAUAAAAAUAUUACUUUUAAUAGAACUUAUGGAAAAUAUUCAACAGCAGUUACAGAAGCCGUUACUCAAGGUAAAACUAACGCAAUAAAUACAUUAACACCUGCUACUAAUACAUUAACUACUGCUAUUAUUGCUUCUAUGGUUGCAAUUGUAGUCAUAGUUUUGGUUAUGAUAAUAAUUUAUUUAAUAUUACGUUAUCGAAGAAAAAAGAAAAUGAAGAAAAAACUGCAAUAUAUAAAAUUAUUAGAAGAAUAG